CAUCCAUCGAGAGCUUGGUGAACAUCUUUCGAACUAGCUUCAUCAGCCAUGGGUCGUCUUGAUUCGGAAGCACCUGCGGCGUCCAUUGUCGCCGCGGCGCUGGGCUUCCACGACAACGGCAGCGACCAAGGCGGAGUUGCGGCGGCGGCGCCCGCGGGGGACGACUCGGCGUUCGACACAAACGUGGUGAUCAUCCUGGCCGCGCUCUUCUUCGCGGUGAUCUUCGCCAUCGGGCUCAACUCGCUGGCGCGGUGCGUGCUCCGGUACAGGGGCCGCGGGGCCGCCGUGGCCGCUGAUGUCGAGGCCGGUGCGACGGCGCGUGCGGCAAGCCGCAGCGGUCGCGGCAUUAAGAGGUGCGCGCUGAGGAGCCUGCCCGUGGAGGUGUACGGCUGCGGGGAAGUAAUCGACGACGUCUGCGCCAUCUGCCUCGGCGAGUUCGUCGACGGCGAGAAGGUGCGCGUGCUGCCGCGGUGCGGCCACGGGUUCCACGUCCGGUGUGUCGACGCCUGGCUCGUGUUCCACGGCUCCUGCCCGACGUGCCGGCAGCCCGUGAUCGAGGUGGCGCCCGCGAAGGGCGGUGGCCGGAGCCAACUUCCCGCGGAGACCGACAUGAUCGCCGUGGUCAUCGUGUGAGCCUGUGAGUGUAAGGUGACCAGACCAACCGCUCGAGUUGAGGCAUGCCUGCCUGUGCCGGUAGAAGCACAACAAGGUAGCCCUGUUCGUCCCUGGCCUACGCGCGAGCUCAUCGGCCUCUCCCUCUUGGGGAAUUUUCCGGCGAUGGUUGCCAUACUUGCCAGGCCCGAUCGGAUGAUCGGGGACUGCUCGGACAAUUGCUCACUGUACAGAU